CCUCGCCUCCAAUCGGAGGUCCUGCUGGGAGGAGCCGCAGGACCAGUUCAUUCUGGCGGUUCAAUUUCAACAUGGCUGAGGUGAGCCAGGCUAAUGAGGCUGCGGAAAAGGGAGCCGAGGGUUCAUCUCCGGAAGCUGUGCCAGGUGACCCGACCAUCUCCAGGGUGAAGCUCCUCGACACCAUAGUAGACACUUUCCUCCAGAAACUAGUCGCCGACAGGAGCUACGAGAGAUUCACCACCUGUUACAAACCCUUCCACCAGCUGAACCCUGAGAUGACGCAGUGGAUCUAUGACAAGUUUGUGGCUCAGUUGCAGACAUCCAUCCGGGCGACCCAGUGGAAUCCCAGAGAAAGACCUGUGCAGCGUCAUGGCACCCUACUUCCUGAAGCAACAGGAGACCCUGUGCCGUCAAGUGCAGAAACAGGAAGCCAAGAACCGGGAGUUGGCGGCCACUGUCCUGGCCGGGCGCAGGCAGGUGGAGGAGCUGCAGCAGCAGGUUCGGGCCCGCCAGCAAACGUGGCAGGCUCUACACAGAGAGCAGAAGGAGCUGCUGUCGGUGCUGAGUGCGCCGGAGUGAGCGGCCACUGGGCCCCGGAGCCCAGCCCUGUGGAGUGUGGGGAGCCAGUUCCACACUGGAGGUAUGGCGGCCUCCUCCCCCGCUUAGGUUCUGGUGGGGUCACACCACACUACCUGCAGAUUCCUGCCGCCAUCUUCUGCCUGCAAGACUGGGGCUCCCACCCUAGCGUCAGACACUGGGCUUGGUCUUCUGGAGUUGCAGCUCUGCCCCGUGCCCUCCUGAUCCCUCCGUGGAUGGGAUCUGGGUAGUGUCUCAGUGUUCACUGACUGCCGCCGUGCUGACCAGCUCUCGGCCCCUGCCAUGCUCUCCCUACUGAUUGCUGCCUUGCUGGCUAGCCCAGGGGCCCUGCCAUGUCCUGCCCGCAUCCGUAAAUAAACUUCCUCCACACUGUAA